CCGAUUGACAGUGUUUAUGGUUGUGCAUCCGUUACCUAAUUAUAUAGUUUCAAAUUAUUUUGACUAAAUUGAAAACCAAUCUCCUCUAAAUAGGAAUUCGGUCAUUGAUAAAUAUAUACUAAAGUCUUUGUAAUUUGAUUACCUUCAUUUGCAAUAAAAUGUCGGACUGGGAAGAAUCGGAGCCUAAUGCUGCAGUAUGUGCACCAAUUACUUACAAUGCAAGAGUAUUUAGCUCAAGCACAGGCCGAGGGAGAGCUAGAGGUGCUUACAGAGGUCAAAGGAAUAAUGAUGCUAAUUGGAGAGCACGUGGUGGAGACUCUUCAGACAACCGAGACAACCGGCGUAAUUAUCGUCAAGAGAGUGGUAAUAAAAAGGUUAUUAUUAUUCCAUCCAAUAAAGUAGGACGUGUUAUUGGUAAAGGCGGUUCUAAAAUACGUGAUCUCGAAUAUGAGUCUGAAGCCAAAAUUAAAAUCGGUGACUCCCGCGGAAAUGAUACUAACAUUACACUUUUUGGUACGGACGAAGCCAUAUUAAAAGUGGAAAACUUAAUAAACGACUUAAUGGAAGAACGUAAGCCGAAGGAAAUUGUUACCCACACUAAUGAAAGUAAUGUUGCUACCAAUGAAUUUUUAAAAAAAAAUAGUCAUGGUGAAGAGGUUAUUGAUUGGGAUAAACUUAAUGCAUUUUAUGAUAAUCAGCAAAAGGAGAGAUAUGAAAAAUUAGCACCAAUUGUUAAAGAUUUUUAUAAAGAAGAUCCAGUGGUGAGUAAUAUGAUCCCAGCAGAGGUUACCCGCUGGCGCUUGACUAAUAAUGAUAUCCAGGUUAGGAGAACUUUUGAUGAUAAACCUGGCUUACUACCUGUGCCAAACCCAAUAUUAACAUUUGAACAAGCAUUUCAUAAUUAUCCUGAGAUAUUGGGAGAAAUUUAUAAACAAGGUUUUACACAACCAUCACCAAUUCAAUGUCAAGCUUGGCCAAUAUUGCUUAGAGGUGAGGAUAUGAUUGGUAUUGCCCAAACUGGUACUGGCAAAACUUUGGCGUUCCUAUUACCAGCCUUAAUUCACAUUGAAGGUCAACCCACCCCAAGAGAAAAAAGAGAGGGCCCAACUGUUCUCAUUUUGGCUCCAACAAGAGAACUUGCAUUGCAAAUUGAGAAGGAAGCUUCUAAAUAUCAAUAUAGGGGAAUCAAAUCUGUCUGUCUUUAUGGAGGUGGAGAUAGAAAAGAACAAAUAAAAACUGUUACCAAAGGAGUAGAUAUAGUAAUUGCAACUCCUGGGAGGUUAAAUGAUCUUGUAUUGGCAAGACAUUUAAAUGUUAUCAAUUUUUCAUAUAUUGUAUUAGAUGAAGCUGAUAGAAUGUUAGAUAUGGGCUUUGAACCACAAAUUAGAAAAUCUCUGUUUGAUGUAAGACCUGAUCGUCAAACUGUGAUGACUUCUGCCACGUGGCCGUCAGGCGUACGCCGCCUUGCUGAGUCCUACAUGAAGGAUCCCAUUCAAGUCAAUGUUGGCUCAUUAGAUCUAGCCGCAGUACAUACAGUAACUCAACAAAUUAUGUUUGUGGAUGAAGAGGACAAGGAAGCUGCAUUGUUUGAAUUUAUUAAAAAUAUGGAUAAAAAUGACAAAAUCAUAAUAUUUUGUGGUAAAAAGGCCACGGCUACACAUAUAUCAACAGAAUUUUGUAUGAAAGGAAUAGAAUGUCAAUCGCUUCAUGGUGACAGAGACCAGACUGAUCGCGAAGCUGCUCUAGAGGAAAUGAUUGAUGGAACAGUUAAUAUUUUAGUAGCAACUGAUGUUGCAUCAAGGGGUAUAGAUAUUAAAGACUUGACUCAUGUUAUAAAUUUGGAUUUUCCACGUCAUAUUGAGGAAUAUGUCCACAGAGUGGGAAGAACGGGCAGAGCAGGAAAAACUGGAAUUGCUUUGUCCUUUGUCACAAGAAAUGACUGGGCCCAUGCUCGUGAUUUGAUUAAAAUAUUGGAGGAAGCAAAUCAAGAAGUACCUGAUGAACUGUUUUCAAUGGCUGAGAGAUUUGAAGCAAUGAAAUUACGUAAAGAACGAAACGGAGGGGAGAGGCGGGGAAGAGGUGGCAGGGGAAGAAGAGAUAGUUUUUACUAGUAAUCAUGAUUGAUGAACAAAAGUAAUGCUUUAUGUUUUGAUAAUGGUUCCUUUUUGUUGUACAAAGUAGUUACUGUGUGUGAUUUAAUUAUAUGCAUGCACCAACAUUUUGAAUCAUUUUAUAAGUUUGUAACAUUCCAAACACCUAUGUGAUCAAAAUGUUCACAAGAUAUAGUUUAUCUGUGAUUGCAUUUAAUUAUUGUGAUCUGUGAUCUAAUAAUAAAUGAUAUUAUUUAUAAAUCUGUUAAAGAAUUGAAACCAAAGACUUUUAAAAAAAAAAGUUAUAUUGUCUACAUGUAGAUCGAUCAAACAUCAUUUCGAUCAACAGAUUGAAAAGUUUUGCAAUUUUGUACUAUUUCAUAAUAUUUGUACCCUAUAGAAUCUCAACUAGUUAACUUAUAGGAAGAAAGUUAUGAAAUUAUUUUCAUGUGUAAUUUUUUUGUAUUUCUAAACAGCAGCAGCUAUAUAUUUUUAAGUUUUUA